CCAACAAGACAUGGCUCCCAAACAGACGUGAUAAUGAGCUCCCAGGCCCAGCUCCCGUCCUCCGAUGAGACGCUGGAGCGUAGAGGCUUGGGUUGGGCCGCAGGGUCCAUGGAUUUGAGAGGGCCCAGCCCCACUGUGGUCCACUCACAUGGGACCGCAAGGCGAAUGUGAUCCUGACACAUUGUUCCUGAACGCAUAAUAGGGCCUUUUCAGGGCUCCUCUAACGGGCCACCGCGGUGGGGAGAAGGGGGUGGGGGUCUACCCCCAAGGGAGACAUGGGAGACUGAUCUUAAAGAAGUUACGUGUCGUCGUCGUCGACUGGCUGGCCGGUGCUCCCUUGCUCCCCAGUGCUCUUGUUAAAUGCUCUUGUUUAUGAGAGGUUGUCUCUGUGAGUGACUCUUACCCUGCUUUGGUAUCAGCCUCCUAGUUGCUGGCACUGAAGUUCAUGAGGUUUUGGGGGUCUAUGGCUAUGGAAGAAUCAGAAAAACUCAAUCAACAAGCCCCUCCUGAAUAACUCUCAUUAAAUGCUUUGUCCUGAAUUAACUAUUCUCACUCUCAUUAUCCCCAGUGGACUUAUUUCAAUCCCCUCUCUGUCUCUUUUAUCCAUCUAGGAUGGUCAGGCCAGGCACUCCAGUCAUUCUGUUCCACCUCUUUAGCUUCUUUACUCAGAGAGAAGGUGAGUGACGUGGAUCCCAUUCUGAUUCACGUUUUCUGUAUCUUAUAUAGAGAUAUCAGAGCAAAUUACUCAAGGACCACUAUCUUAUAGACCGUUAUGAAAGAGUGAAAGUGUUUAGAAGGCAUAAGUUAUUUUCCCUUUCUUUCUGGUUAAACAUUGAUCUUAUCUUGAUUGAAUUCACCAAAAUGUCUCAGAUGACAUAAGUAGUCUAUAUAAAUGUUUGACCAGUUGUUCCCCCUUCUUUGCUAGAUCUGUUACGACAAUUGUCUCCCCCCUUUUUCCUUCAGCUCUUUCUCAAGAGAUCAUGUACCCCUAUGGGCCCGUCCACCGAGAUCUGGAGACACCCAAGAUGGAUGAUGGAAGUUCCACUGAAAUAAUUAUACUCAUGCCAUUCAUUUUCUUUAAUAACCCCUACCGCUCCAUCUAUGUAAGCUCCCAUCUACCCUUCUUUCCUUCAAUAACAGCAAAUAUCUCAGAAAGAAAUGUUAAUCCACCAUCAUUCACCUAACCAUUAAUCGUUCUUUUUAUCAUCAAUCUGUUCAUCAACAAAUCAAUUGGGACUGUGCCUCCCUCUCAAACUCUGCAGGUCAACAACAACGGUGUGAUCUCCUUCAACGUGCAGGUGAGCCAGUUCACCCCAGAGGCCUUCCCCCUGAGUGACAGCAGAUCCUUCAUCGCCCCACUAUGGGCAGACGUGCACAAUGGUAUCCGCGGAGACGUGUACUAUCGCGAGAGCACAGACCCAGAGAUACUGCAGCGGGCCUCACAAGACAUCCGCAAGUACUUCAAGAACAUGCCCACCUUCACAGCAACCUGGGUCUUCAUCACAACCUGGCACCAGGUCACCUUCUACGGAGGCAGUCAGACCACCCCGGUAAAAUAACCACAAUCACUAAUCACAGGGAUUACUAUGCUCCACACUCAAAACACGUUUAGGGACACGCACAAGAAAAGAGAUGGUACCUGAAUUGGGGUUGUACAGUAUGUGGCCUUGGUGGACGAUGGCCACUAAUAUUACCAUUUAUUUAUUUAUUUUUAUUUUACCUUUAUUUAACUAGGCAAGUCAGUUAAGAACAAAUUCUUAUUUACAAUGCUCUUUGAUCUGUCUUUGGUCUCAUAUUGAACUGACCAUCCCUGCACAUUCUCACCUCUCUAUAGGUGAACACGUUUCAGGCUGUAUUGAUAUCAGAUGGUCUGUCAUGCUUUUCCAUGUUCAACUAUGGAGAGAUCAACUGGAGCACAGGCACUGCCAGUGGAGGAGACCCUCUGACUGGUUUAGGUGGAACCACAGCACAGGUAGUCCAAUCAUGAUAACCUACAUAUACCACCCCUGGCACACAUCAAACCAAUCACAUUGCCCCAUGUACCACCCCUAAAACACAUCUAACCAACCAGCCAACCAUGACGUCCCAUAUACAGUACCAGUUAAAAGUUUGGACACACCUACUCAAUGAAGGGUUUUUCUUUAUUUUUACAUUGUAGAAUAGUGAAGACAUCAAAACAAUGAAAUAACACAUAUGCAAUCAUGUAGUAACCAAAAAGUGUUCAACAAAUCAAAAUACCUCCCCUAAAACAUAUCAGACCAAUCAUGAAGUCCCACCUCUGACCUCUAAAACACAGAAGACCAACCCCCCAGAUAUAGCUCAAAUACAGCAGAACAAUCUUGAUGCCUCCCACCUCUAAGUAAGUGAUAACCUCCUCACUUGCCUUUCCCCAUCUCUCCCAUUUCCAGUCAGGUUUUAAUGGAGGAGACAACGGUCACUUCCUCAACCUGCCUGGGUCCCGCUCCAAUGAGGUGGUUGAAAUCGAGCAGACGACCAAUGUUAACCUGCCUGGCCGCUGGGUCUUCCGUAUAGACACUGCCCUAAUAGACCCUGCCAAUGGCUGCAGUUACAAUGGUGGGUAUAAAGUGGAACAUAACAAAGACUUGGACAAAUAUCUAAGUUCGGAGAGACCCCAUAGUCAUUAUGAAUGUCCAUAUCUUCUCCUAGGGCGGUUCUAUCGACGCGGCGAGAUCUUCUGGCUGUCUGACCAGUGCUCCCAGCGGUGCCGCUGCCUGGACAUGGACAACGAGGUGCUCUGCCAGGACGCGCCGUGCGGCCAGCUGGAAACGUGCGAGCAGCAGGAGGGUGCCUUCUACUGCCAGCCCACGCGAACCAGCACCUGCGUGGUUUUCGGUGACCCACACUACCACACCUUUGACGGCUUCCUCUACCACUUCCAGGGCACCUGCUCCUAUCUGCUGGCCCGGCCCUGCUGGGAGGUGGCUGGCCUGCCCUUCUUCAGUGUGGAGGCAAAGAACGAGAACCGUGGCGUGGCCUCCGUGUCCUGGCUGAGGGACGUCACCGUGGAAAUGUAUGGCCACCGCGUCACCCUGCCUAAGGGCAGCCAGGGCACUGUACAGGUGAGCAGAGCAGCACUUCCCAGUAGGACAAAUAUGUAGGGAUGUCUAGGUUUUAGGUCAGCAGGCUAACACAGAUGUUGUGCUUUCGGGAGGCUAGGUACAUAACAGUGGUCUGAUCACAUAGAUUGACAGGUAAGACCAGCAGAUCCUGUGUAUCGCUCUAUUACUUAUCUAAUAUGGUGUUUAUGUGGUACUAUACUCCAUAAUCCACCCUGAAUCUCCUACCUCUUCUCUUCCAGGUGGAUGGGCUGGUGAAGACACUGCCAGUCCAACUCCAGCUGGGUGCGGUCAGAGUGUACCAGUCAGGUGUUGCCGUCGCCCUGGAGACCGACUUCGGCCUCCUGGUGACUUACGACGGGCAGCACUAUGCCUCUAUCUCCCUGCCCAGCUCCUACUUCAACAACACAUGCGGCCUGUGUGGUAACUAUAACGACGACCCUGCUGACGACCCCGUGCUGCCCGACGGCUCGCUGGCCGAGAGCGUGGUGGAGCUAGGUGGCAGCUGGCGGGCGGAGGACGCUGACUGGCGCUGCACGGAUGGCUGCGCCCAGAACUGCAGUGUCUGUGACCCGUUGACCGAGGCGUUUUACUUCCGCCCGGAUUACUGUGGACUCAUCAACAAGACAGACGGGCCUUUCAGGGACUGCAGGGCAGUGGUGGACCCCACGGCCUUCGUCUAUAGUUGUGUCUACGACAUGUGUAGCAACAGGGACAACAUUACCACCCUCUGUCAGGCCAUCCAGGCCUAUGCCUUAGCCUGCCAAGCCCUGGGGGUCACCAUACGACCCUGGAGGUCACGCACCUUCUGUGGUGGGUGCUCUUCUAUCCCCAUAUGUAUCUAUAUGUCGGGGUAGGAAUGGUUUUGUUUGGACAUGAAAGGGACUCAUAGCUACCUAUCCUUGCUGUUUCUGUUAGAUGUGGUUAAUAUUGCUUACUCCAAAAGCUGUCUUUAUCUCUCAUUCUUUCUUUCCCCCCACAAUAUCAUAAUGCAACUUACAGUAGUAAUCAUGUAACACAUAACAGCAUAACAAUGUUAGGUAAAUAUGAUCUGUAAUAUAACAUGUCCUCUUUCUCCUUUGAUUGGCUGCCAGCCCUGACAUGCCCUGAGUCCAGCCACUACCAGGUGUGCACCAGUGCCUGCCCGGCCUCCUGCUCAGACCUCACCUCUCACCUGUACUGUGCCCACCCCUGCACCGAGGGCUGCCAGUGCGACCCGGGCUACGUGCUGAGUGGCAGCCGCUGUGUCCGGCACCAGGACUGCGGCUGCGAGCGUGACGGCCUAUACUACCCGCUCAACUACACUUUCUGGGCGGGCCCCACAGGCGAGGGCAGAGAGUGCACCCUGCGCUGUGUUUGUGGGCCCAACGGCGAAGUCUCCUGCUUCAAUGACUCGUGUAGAGAAGGCGAGGUGUGUGUGGCGGAGGUCGGCCUGUUGGGCUGUUACCCCCGCAGGGAGGGGGUGUGUUCUCUGGGCCAGAACGUUGUGACGGCCUCCUUCGACGGGGCCUCCAUGCUCUUCCCGGACGACAGCUCCUACUACCUGCUGAGGUCGUGCGGCCCGACGCCAGCCAAUGUGUCGGCUGUGGAGGUGAAGAUGGGCCGGCGGUUGGUGAACAAGGGUCCGGCCUGGAUGCGGCCAGUGGUGGUCAGGGUGGCCAACCUGGAGGCCCAGAUGGGUGGAUCGGACUUUGACACAGUGAAGGUUAGAAUUAUAGCCUGGUGCUCCAGUCUGUUUCUGCUUUAGCCAACUUUUCUCUGUGUUUGUUCAUUGUCAUGCAAAACAUACAAUAUGGGACCAGGCUAUUUUGGUGCUACCCCUCAGUCUGAUGAUUGAGAGAAAUGCAUGAGUCUCCAGACAGAUAUAGAGAUCUGUAAAGAUUCUAUGUUGAAAAUGUAUUCAGAAAGUAUCGGUAUUGUGGGCCGCAUUGUUGGUCAGUUUUCCACACCUAGGCUAACUUUACUUCUGGACUAAGAAUCACUUCCAGUGGAGAAACUCCAUUGAACAUUAUUUUACACCAGGGGUAGGCUAAAUAUGAGUCUGGGAAACUGGCCCUGAAGUCUAAUGUGGUCAUGAGAUGAAUACUUUUCUCAUGCUCAAAGUCAUUUAACUGGAAUAUGUAGAACAGAGAUAUCACAACACUACAUUACAGUUAUUGAAGGUUGCUGCUGGGUAAAUCUAUUUAAAUUGAAUCACUUUUUGACAGCAGCCAUUUUGAGUUGAACAAAACCUUCCAUACAUACAGUGGGGAGAACAAGUAUUUGAUACACUGCCGAUUUUGCAGGUUUUCCUACUUACAAAGCAUGUAGAGGUCUGUAAUUUUUAUCAUAGGUACACUUCAACUGUGAGAGACGGAAUCUAAAACAAAAAUCCAGAAAAUCACAUUGUAUGAUUUUUAAGUAAUUAAUUUGCAUUUUAUUGCAUGACAUAAGUAUUUGAUCACCUACCAACCAGUAAGAAUUCCGGCUCUCACAGACCUGUCAAUUUUUCUUUACGAAGCCCUCCUGUUCUCCACUCGUUACCUGUAUAAAAGACACCUGUCCACACACUCAAUCAAACAGACUCCAACCUCUCCACAAUGGCCAAGACCAGAGAGCUGUGUAAGGCCAUCAGGGAUAAAAUUGUAGACCUGCACAAGGCUGGAAUGGGCUACAGGACAAUAGGCAAGCAGCUUGGUGAGAAGGACAACUGGCGCAAUUAUUAGAAAAUGGAAGAAGUUCAAGAUGACGGUCAAUCACCCUCGGUCUGGGGCUCCAUGCAAGAUCUCACCUCGUGGGGCAUCAAUGAUCAUGAGGAAGGUGAGGGAUCAGCCCAGAACUACACGGCAGGACCUGGUCAAUGACCUGAAGAGAGCUGGGACCACAGUCUCAAAGAAAACCAUUAGUAACACAGUAUGCCGUCAUGGAUUAAAAUCCUGCAGCGCACGCAAGGUCCCCCUGCUCAAGCCAGCGCAUGUCCAGGCCCGUCUGAAGUUUGCCAAUGACCAUCUGGAUGAUCCAGAGGAGGAAUGGGAGAAGGUCAUGUGGUCUGAUGAGACAAAAAUAGAGCUUUUUGGUCUAAACUCCACUCGCCGUGUUUGGAGGAAGAAGAAGGAUGAGUACAACCCCAAGAACACCAUCCCAACCGUGAAGCAUGGAGGUGGAAACAUCAUUCUUUGGGGAUGCUUUUCUGCAAAGGGGACAGGACGACUGCACCGUAUUGAGGGGAGGAUGGAUGGGGCCAUGUAUCGCAAGAUCUUGGCCAACAACCUCCUUCCCUCAGUAAGAGCAUUGAAGAUGGGUCGUGGCUGGGUCUUCCAGCAUGACAAUGACCCAAAACACACAGCCAGGGCAACUAAGGAGUGGCUCCGUAAGAAGCAUCUCAAGGUCCUGGAGUGGCCUAGCCAGUCUCCAGACCUGAACGAAAUAGAAAAUCUUUGGAGGGAGCUGAAAGUCUGUAUUGCCCAGCGACAGCCCCGAAACCUGAAGGAUCUGGAGAAUCCCUGCUGCAGUGUGUGCAAACCUAGUCAAGACCUACAGGAAACGUAUGAUCUCUGUAAUUGCAAACAAAGGUUUCUGUACCAAAUAUUAAGUUCUGCUUUUCUGAUGUAUUAAAUACUUAUGUCAUGCAAUAAAAUGCAAAUUAAUUACUUAAAAAUCAUACAAUGUGAUUUUCUGGAUUUUUGUUUUUAAAAUUACAGACCUCUACAUGCUUUGUAAGUAGGAAAACCUGCAAAAUCGGCAGUGUAUCAAAUACUUGUUCUCCCCACUGUAUUUGCCCAUGGUAGAAGUGCUCAGAAAGGGACAUUUAGGACCUGAAUGCCAAAACAUUCAAGAGAUAAAAUGUAUGAAAAUAUGUAUGCACUCAUUAACUGUAAGUCGCUCUGGAUAAGAGCGUCUGCUAAAAUGACUAAAAUGUAAAAUAAAGGUGCUCAAAGUUGACCUAUUUUUCAUACCCCACCAUGCCAUUUUGUCAUUACUGGAAAAGAUAAAUGGUUGAGAUUGAUUUAAAAGCUUACAAACAGGGUUGUCAAACUAUUUGAUAAUAUCUUGGACAUGUAUUAUUAUAUAUUUUUUUUUUUUACCUUAAACGUCAAUUAUCAAAAAAUGCGUAAACUCUGAUUUUUUUCAUAUUUGCGUAUGUUGUAUGUUACACCCUAUUUAACAUAAUCAUCUUGUGUUGUGCCCGCCAUCGGUUGUGACACAACAUUCUCUUUAAUACAGGAUGGGUGUCAUGUUUUGGCUGAUAAAUGUACACAAAUUUGAAUACAAUUUGAAUUUCAACUUUCAAAUGGUACCACAAAGAUGGUUGGAGGUCCACACAUCAGAGAAUGUUGACUUGAAUGGGAAUAUCUGUUAUUUUAAAUUAUACUGUCAAACUUUCAUAGGAAACCUAUAGAUAAUAGAAUAGACAUUACCAUUUAAGUUGACAUUCGACGGUGGGUGAUCCGACAGCCAUCUUUGUUGUAGUAAUUCGAAGUAAAAAUGUCAAUUCAAUUUCAAUGGUGUACUAGCUAAAUUGCCUGAAGUUGUCUGAAGGGAUAGGUCCAUUCUAUGAAUUCUAUUUGUAUGAUUGAAAUGACACCCCCACCCUCUAUUCAAGAGCAUGUUGUAUCAACCGAUGGCAGAAAAAAAAAAAAAAACUCAUGAUGUAAAGUAGUGUCUAAGCUACAACAUAUGCGAAUAUGAAAAUAAUCAGAAUUUACACAUUUUUAGAUAAUUGACGUUUAAGGUAAAAUAAUGCCAUAUGUGUAUAUAUAUUUCAAAUAAAUUAUAAAACCUUUAAAUGAUAUCAAACUCAACCAUUUAUCUUUUCCAGUGAUAGACAUGGUUGUCUCAAGGUAUGGUGGGGUAUGCAAAAUGGUUCAAAUUUGAGCACCUUUAUCUCCUGAAUGUUUUGGCAUUCAGGUCCAAAAAGUAACUUCCUGACCACUUCUUCCAUGGGCAAACAUGUAUGGAAAGUUUUGUUUAAAUCAAAAGGGAUGCUGUCAAAAAGUGAUUGAAUUCAAAUGGAUUUACCCUGCUACUACCAGUCUAUGACAUAAUGUUAUGAUGUCUCUAAUUUCCAGCUGAACGGUGAGCCGGUUCUACUACCUUAUAUCCACCCUCUGGAGACCCUGAUGAUCUACCGCGCCCCGGGCAACGCUACCGUGGUGGAGUCCAGCGGAUUGGUCCUAGUCCGCUACACCCGCCAGGGCUUCCUCAACAUCUCCCUCUCUACCCUCUUUUACAACGCCACCUGUGGCCUGUGCGGCCUCUUCAACGGAAACGCCAGCGACGACCUCCGUCUGCCCAACGGCCGUCUGGCCGAAUCCCCCGAACUCUUUACCGAAGGCUGGCGGGCCAUCGCCGACGACCUGACGUGUAACGGCGAUUGCGACGACCUGUACCGCAUGUGCACGGACCUGCGGCUCUACCAGAGCCCUUGGAUGUGCGGCAACAUCAACGACCCGGGGAACAGCUCCUUCCUGGCAUGCCACAGCGCCGUCAACCCCUCGCCGUUCUUCCGGAACUGCCUGUACAACAUGUGCGUGCGGGAGGGAAACCGCUCAGCACUCUGCUCUUCGCUGCAGGCGUAUGCCUCGGCCUGUCAGGACGCCCAGGUGGGCCUUGCCGCCUGGAGGAGUGCCACCAAUUGCCGUGAGUUAGUCCCCCCGCCACCACCUUGGAAUGAUGUUGAGUGAUUGACUGACCAUGUAUUUUUCCUUUAUGAACCAAACCUUGGAUCUGCUAAUUCUGAAUAUCCCUUUCUCUUGUUUCUGUCUCUGUUCGACCUCUGUCUUUGUCUCUCUACUUUUCUCUCGUUCUCUUUUUAUUUUUUUCACUGUCCCACUCUCUUUCUCUUUCUCUCAUUUCUCUCCCCUACCCCUCUCUCUCUUUCUCUUUCUCUUUCUCUCAUCUCUCUCCCCUACCCCUCUCUCUCUUUCUCUCUUACCCCACUCUCAUUCCUCUCCCCUACCCCUCUCUCUUUUUCUCUCUUACCCCACUCUCAUCUCUCUCCCCUACCCCUCUCUCUCUUUCUCUCUUACCCCACUCUCAUCUCUCUCCCCUACCCCUCUCUUUCUCUCAUCUCUCUCCCCUACCCCUCUCUCUCUCUUUCUCUCAUCUCUCUCCCCUACCCCUCUAUCUCUCCUUUCUGCAGCCUUGCCCUGUCCAGAAAACAGUCACUUCGAUGAGUGCACUAGCGCGUGCCAGCUGACCUGCGCCGGCCUUGACGAGCCUGACGAGCCGUGCCCACUGCCUUGCCAGGAGGGUUGCCAGUGCGAGGAGGGCUUUGCGCUGCGCGAUGGCCAGUGCGUGGCGCGCAGUGAUUGCGGCUGCCUCGACCUUGGCAGCCGGCAGCUGGUCACCAACCAGACCUUCUGGACCGACUGGGAGUGCAAAGAGCGCUGCUACUGCAACGGCUCGGACAACAGUGUCUACUGCACGCUGGCACCAUGCCGGGAGGGCGAGUACUGCCAGGAGGGCCUUGAGGGCCUCUACUUCUGCCAGCCGCGCACCGAGGCGCUAUGCGUCGCCGCCGGUUACAGCCACUUCCUGCCGUUCGGUGGUGUGCCCUUCGAGCUACAGAGCAGCUGUACCUUGAGGCUGGCUACGACGGCGUGCAGCGGUGGGGUGGUGGGGGAGGAGGAUGGGGACCAGAGCCCCGCCACCCAGUCCGGGACGAGCAGCAGCGCCACCUUCCCUCGCUUCAAGCUGUCAGCCCGGAACGAGGAGAGGGACACUGGGCAGGCCAUCUGGGUGAGAGGGUUCGUCUUGGAGGUCUACGGCUAUGAGAUUGAGGUGUCUCGGAGCUACAAACACACCAUCACGGUGAGUGGAUUAUACCCUUUUCACACUACCUUUCCGUCCUGAAACAAACUGUACUGGCUCUGAUAUUUUUAUUUCACAUUAUCCUUUGUGAAAUGCUCAGUAAUGCUUGGUUUGACUUGGCUAGGUUCGGUUCGACUCAGUAGUGUGAAAACGCUGGGGCACAGUCAGUCUUGUUAGACUUUAUUAGUAAGAAACAUCUUUGGUAAGUAAUGGGAACAGGCCAAGAAUCCUACCAAUGCCUUUCAGAGAAUCCAGUUGAAAAAUGACAGGAGAAAUGUGUUUUUAUUAUGUCUUAAUUUCAAUGCGUAUUCAUCCUUCCAAUGUGAAUGAUGUAUUGUGAAGGUCACACAGUGGUUGGACGUGUAAGGGAGAGUUAUUUGCUAAUCAAGCCUAUAGAAUAACGGAGCAAAGAGUGAAUUCCUCUUUGAUUGGCUCAGGGCAGAUCUUAUUUCAAUCAACAUCUUUUAUCAGGCUGGAUUGGGCUCAGAGGAACGGCUGACCUGAGCGACAUUUGGAAAGGGUUCACAAACCAACCCAAAGAUCUGAGGAAAACCACAAUACACACACUCGAUCCUACACACUCACACUUACACCCGCUAGAUAUAACACACACACACACACACAGAGGCAUCAUGCCCAUAGGGGGCACAAGGGCACUUGCCCCAUUAGAUUUGUCCUGUUAAAAUAUAUACAGUUGCUUGUGAAAGUAUUCACCUCCCUCUGCAUUUUUCCUAUUUUGUUGCCUUACAACCUGGAAUUAAAAUUGAUUUUUUGGGGGUUUGUUUCAUUUGAUUUACACAACAUGCCUAACACUUUGAAGAUGCAAAAUAUUUUUUGGGGUGAAACAAACAACAAAUAAGACAAAAAAACUGAAAACGUGAGCGUGCAUAACUAUUCACCCCCCCCAAAGUCAAUACUUUGUAGAGCCACCUUUUACAGCAAUUACAGCUGCAAGUCUCUAAGGGUAUGUCUCUAUAAGCUUGGCACAUCUAGCCACUGGGAUUCUUCAAGGCAAAACUGCUCCAGCUCCUUCAAGUUGGAUGGGUUCCGCUGGUGUGCAGCAAUCUUUAAGUCAUACCACAGAUUCUCAAUUGGAUUGAGGUCUGGGCUUUGACUAGGCCAUUCCAAGACAUUUAAAUGUUUCCCCUUAAACCUCUCGAGUGUUGCUUUAGCAGUAUGCUUUUGGUCAUAGUCCUGCUGGAAGGUGAAGCGUCCCAGUCUCAAAUCUCUGGAAGACUGAAACAGGUUUACCUCACGAAUUUCCCUGUAUUUAGCGCCAUCCAUCAUUCCUUCAAUUCUGACCAGUUUCCCAGUCCCUGCCAAUGAAAAACAUCCCCACAGCAUGAUGCUGCCACCACCAUGCUUCACUGUGGGGAUGGUGUUCUCGGGGUGAUGAGAGGUGUUGGGUUUGUGCCAGACAUAGCGUUUUCCUUGAUGGCCAAAAAGCUCAAUUUUGUCUCAUCUGAACAGAGUACCUUCUUCCAUAUGUUUGGGGAGUCUCCCACAAACAUGUUUGCUAAUUUCUUUCUUUAAGCAAUGGCUUUUUUUUGGCCACUCUUCUGUAAAGCCCAGCUCUGUGGAGUGUAUGGCUUAAAGUGGUCCUAUGGACAGAUACUCCAAUCUCCGCUGUGGAGCUUUGCAGCUCCUUAAGGGUUAUCUUUGGUCUCUUUGUUGCAUUUCUGAUUAAUGCCCUCCUUGCCUGGUCCGUGAGUUUUGUUGGGCGGCCCUCUCUUGGCAGGUUUGUUGUGGUGCCAUAUUCUUUCAAUUUUUUUAUAAUGGAUUUAAUGGUGCUCCGUGGGAUGUUCAAAGUUUCUGAUAUUUUUUUAUAGCCCAACCCUGAUCUGUACUUCUCCACAACUUUGUCCCUGACCUGUUUGGAGAGCUCCUUGGUCUUCAUGGUGCCGCUUGCUUGGUGAUGCCCCUUGUUUAGUGGUGUUGCAGACUCUGGGGCCUUUCAGAACAGGUGUGUAUAUAUACUGAGAUCAUGUGACACCUUAGAUUUCACACAGGUGGACUUUAUUUAACUAUUUAUGUGACUUCUGAAGGUAAUUGGUUGCACCAGAUCUUAUUUAGGGGCUUCAUCGCAAAGGGGGUGAAUACAUAUGCACGCACCACUUUUCCGUUAGUUAAUUUUUUGAAACAACUUAUUUUUUUAAUUUCAUUUCACCAAUUUGGACUAUUUUGUGUAUGUCCAUUACAUGAAAUCCAAAUAAAAAUCAAUUUUAAUUACAGGUUGUAAUGCAACAAAAUAGGAAAAACGCCAAGGGGGAUAAAUACUUUUGCAAGGCUCCCUUUAAGAGUGUGCUCCUAAUCUCAGCUUGUUACCUGUAUAAAAGACACCUGCGAGCCAGAAAUCUUUCUGAUUGAGAGGGGGUCAAAUACUUUUUUCCCUCAUUAAAAUGCAAAUCAAUUUAUAACAUUUUAGACAUGCGUUUUUCUGGAUUUUUUUGUUGUUAUUCUGUGUCUCACUGUUCAAAUAAACCUAGCAUUAAAAUUAUAGACUGAUCAUUUCUUUGUCAGUGGGCAAAUGUACAAAAUCAGCAGGGGAUCAAAUACUUUUUUCCCUCACUGUACAUACAGUCGUGGUCAAAAGUUUUGAGAAUGACACAAAUACUAAUUUUCACAAAGUUUUGAUGAUGGCAAUUUGCAUAUACUCCAGAAUGUCAUGAAGAGUGAUCAGAUGAAUUGCAAUUAAUUGCAAAGUCCCUCUUUUCCAUGAAAAUGAACUUAAUCCCCCAAAAACAUUUCCACUGCAUUUCAGCCCUGCCACAAAAGGUCCAGCUGCCAUCAUGUCAGUGAUUCUCUCAUUAACAUAGGUGAGAGUGUUGAUGAGGACAAGGCUUGAGAUCACUCUGUCAUGCUGAUUGAGUUAGAAUAACAGACUGGAAGCUUUAAAAGGAGGGUGGUGCUUGAAAUCAUUGUUCUUCCUCUGUUAACCAUGGUUAUCUGCAAGGAAACACGUGCCAUCAUCAUUGCUUUGCACAAAAAGAGCUUCACAGGCAAGGAUAUUGCCGCUAGUAAGAUUGCACCUAAAUCAACCAUUUAUCGGAUCAUCAAGAACUUCAAGGAGAGAGGUUCAAGUGUUGUGAAGAAGGCGUCAGGGCGUCCAAGAAAGUCCAGCAAGCGCCAGGACCAUCUCCUAAAGUUGAUUCAGCUGCGGGAUCGUGGCACCACCAGUGCAGAGCUUGCUCAGGUGUGAGUGAAUCUGCACGCACAGUGAGGCGAAGACUUUUGGAGGAUGGCCUGGUGUCAAGAAGGGCAGCAAAGAAGCCACUUCUCUCCAGGAAAAACAUCAGGGACAGACUGAUAUUCUGCAAAAGGUACAGGGAUUGGACUGCUGAGGACUGGGGUAAAGUAAUUUUCUCUGAAUUCCCUUUCCGAUUGUUUGGGGCAUCCGGAAAACACCUUGUCCAGAGAAGACAAGGUGAGCGCUACCAUCAGUCCUGUGUCAUGCCAACAGUCAAGCAUCCUGAGACCAUUCAUGUGUGGGGUUGCUUCUCAGCCAAGGGAGUGGGCUCACUCACAAUUUUGCCUAAGAACACAGCCAUGAAUAAAGAAUGGUACCAACACAUCCUCAGAGAGCAACUUCUCCCAACCAUCCAAGAACAGUUUGGUGACGACCAAUGCCUUUUCCAACAUGACGAAGCACCUUGCCAUAAGGCAAAAGUGAUAACUAAGUGGCUCGGCGAACAAAACAUCGACAUUUUGGGUCCAUGGCAAGGAAAUUCCCCAGACCUUAAUCCCAUUGAGAACUUGUGGUCGAUCCUCAAGAGGCGGGUGGACAAACAAAAACCCACAAAUUCUGACAAACUCCAAGCAUUGAUUAUCCAAGAAUGGGCUGCCAUCAGUCAGGAUGUGGCCCAGAAGUUAAUUGACAGCAUGCCAGGGCGGAUUGCAGAGGUCUUGAAAAAGAAGGGUCAACACUGCAAAUAUUGACUCUUUGCAUAAACUUAAUGUAAUUGUCAAUAAAAGCCUUUGACACUUAUGGAAUGCUUGUAAUUAUACUUCAGUAUACCAUAGUAACAUCUGACAAAAAUAUCUCAUAACACUGAAGCAGCGAACUUUGUGAAGACCAAUACUUGUGUCAUUCUCAAAACUUUUGACCACGACUGUAUAUAUAUAUAUACAGUGCAUUCGGAAAGUAUUCAGACCCCUUACCUUUUUCCACAUUUUGUUAUGUUUACAGCCUUAUUUUCUAAAAUGGAUUAAAUAAAUAAAAAUCCUCAUCAAUCUACUCACAAUACCCCAUAAUGACAAAGCGAAAACAGGUUUUUAGAAAUGUUUGCAAAUGUAUUAAAAAUAAAAAAUAGAAAUACCUUAUUUACAUAAGUAUUCAGACCCUUUGCUUUGAGACUCGAAAUUUAGCUCAGGUGCAUCCUGUUUCCAUUGAUCAUCCUUGAGAUGUUUCAACAACUUGAUUGGAGUCCACCUGUAGUCAAUUCAAUUGAUUGGACAUGAUUUGGAAAGGCACACACCUGUCUAUAUAAGGUCUCACAGUUGACAGUGCAUGUCAGAGCAAAAACCAAGCCAUGAGGUUGAAGGAAUUGUCCGUAGAGCUCCAAGACAGGAUUGUGUCGAGGCACAGAUCUGGGGAAGGGUAACAAAACAUGUCUGCAGCAUUGUAGGUUCCCAAGAACAGUGCCCUCCAUCAUUCUUAAAUGUAAGAAGUUUGGUAACCAAGAACCCAAUGGUUACUCUGACAGAGCUCCAGAGUUCCUCUGUGGAGAUGGGAAAACAUUCCAGAAGGACAACCAUCUCUGCAGCACUCCAACAAUCAGGCCUUUAUGGUAGAGUGGCCAGACGGAAGCCACUUCUCAGUAAAAGGCACAUGACAGCCCGCUUGGAGUUUGCCAAAAGGCACCUCAAGGACUCUCAGACCAUGAGAAACAAGAUUCUCUGGUCUGAUGAAACCAAGAUUGAACUCUUUGGCCUGAAUGCAAAGCGUCACGUCUGGAGGAAUCCUGGCACCAUCCUUACGGUGAAACGUGGUGGCAGCAUCAUGCUGUGGGGAUGUUUUACAGCGGCAGGGACUGGGAGACUAGUCAGGAUCGAGGGAAAGAUGAACGGAGCAAAUACAGAGAGAUCCUUGAUGAAAACCUGCUCCAGAGCGCUCAGGACCUCAGACUGGGUUGAAGGUUCACCUUCCAACAGGACAACGACCCACAGCCAAGACAACGCAGGAGUGGCUUCGGAACAAGUCUCUGAAUGUCCUUGAGUGGCCCAACCAGAGCCCGGACAUGAACCCGAUCAAACACCUCUGGAGAGACCUGAAAAUAGCUCCCCAUCCAACCUGACAGAGCUUGAGAAGAAUGGGAGAAACUCCCCAAAUACAGGUGUGCCAAGCUUGUAGCGUCAUACCCAACAAGACUCAAGGCUGUAAUCACUGCCAAAGGUGUUUCAACAAAGUACUGAGUAAACGGUCUGAAUACUUAUGUAAAUUUGAUAUUUCAGUUUAAUUUAAAAUAAAAAAUAACUAAUAACCUGUUUUGGCUUUGUUGUUAUGGGGUAUUGUGCGUAGAUUGAUGAGGAUUGUUUCUCUGUAAUACUACUAGCCACCUGUCAACUUUAUGAAGUUUGCUUUAGCUAGCCCAGAUAGGUUCCAAAUCUCCCAACCUCAUAAUUCACUACCAAGAAGCCAUUUCAGGCUAUCAAUCAAGUUAAAGUAGCUAGCUUUUCUAACUGCAUGACACCCCAACAUACACACACAAACACAUACACAAACACAUACACACAUGCACACACAGACAUGAAUCUUUCUCCAAUGCUAUCUCCUAGGUGAAUAAGGAGCGUCUCUACCUGCCUCUGAAGCUGGGGCCAGGAAAGGUCCACAUCUUCACCUUCGGCAUGCAGCUGGUGGUGGAGACGGACUUUGGCCUGAAGGUGGCCUUCGACUGGAACACCCUGCUCCUGCUCACGCUGCCCAGACGCCUCUACAACGCCACCUGCGGCCUGUGCCAGGGCAUUCCACUCUCCUCUCCACCCACCCUCACCACCAGCGACUGGGGCAUGGCCUGGGCUGAUCGGGACACCUUCUGCCAGGUGGGCUGCGGCGACUCGUGCCCGCGUUGCGGAUUGGUCGAGAGAGGCCUCGGCGCCGUCGACGCCCCUCUCCUUGUCACGGAUGUCAAUGUGGAAGGCGGGACCCAAAAUGUCGAGGCAGGAGGCAUCAAUGUUGAAGGUGGGGGUUACACGGGAAUCCGAUUCCACCUGGGCGACGGGCUUUAUGUGUUUGUGGAGCCCGAGGCUGUACGUCUGUGCGGGUUGAUCGUGGACCGUGGUGGUGUGUUUGCGCGCUGUCACAGCAAGGUGGCGCCGGCGUUCUUCUACCAGAGCUGCCUGCAGGACACGUGCCUGGACCAGGGCGCCCCGGAGACCAUUUGCAACUGGCUGCAGAUCUACACCAGCACAUGCCAGACCCAGGGGGUGCGCGUGUUAGGCUGGAGGAGUGACACGCCCUGUGGUGAGUACAAUAAUAAUUAGGGCAUAAAUCAAGUUGAUUGAGUUGAGUUGAAUUCUCUCCAGCCCAGCUGGUGACUUAUCUCACAUGGGACUACACUUCAAUAGAAAUGGCCUACUAGAUAAUAUUAAUAACUUAUACUUUCGAAAAGGUUACAUGGAGUUUUCAAUCAUAUUAUUAAGGGAGAGAUUAAUCACAAGCAGCAGCUUUAUGUAACCCUCCUACACAAUGACAUACAUUGUCACAUGAAUAACUAUUAUGCAUCUAUCAUCCACUAAAUGCACCCAGGCUUGUAAUCUGGCCAGUGUACCAAUGCCAGGUAAAUGAAAAAAUGUAAUCAUGUCUGUCUACAUAAUGUUUUACUAGUGCACUAUUGUACAUAAGGAAUAGGGUGCCAUUUUCUACUCAACCCACAUCUUUGUUGAGGACAUGAUUAUUUUUCUCCUUCCACAGUGCUGACGUGCCCAGCCAACAGCCACUACUCUGGCUGCAUGUCCGUGUGCCAGCCGCAGUGUGCCCCAGCCCGCGGCCAGAGGGAGUGCACCCAGGACUGUGUGGAGGGCUGUCAGUGUGACCAGGGAUACGUCCUCAACGGCAAGGGCUGCAUCCUGCCCCAGAACUGUGGCUGCUACACGGAUGGCAAGUACUAUGAGGUGAGUCAAUCACACCGACAGUAGUCUCUCUCCACAGCCAAUCAUAUACACCUGACAUGCUACCCAGCAAACCAAAAUUGGUUCUGGGAAAGUUCCCAGCUCAUACGUUAGGUCGCGGCAAAUGUUCUCAUAACACAAAAACUGUCCAGUUGUGCUGAUGAUUAUAGAAUGUUUAUAUAAAACAUUUGCCAGAUGUUGCAAGAACGUUCCUAGAACACAAUUAAUCUGUUCUUUAAAGGUUCCCAUAAUGUUUCAUUAGGUUGUGGGAACAGUCUGGUGAGAACAUUGUGGGGACAUCACAAAAUAUGUGUUCCCAAAAUAAAAAACUGUCCAGUUGUGCGGAUUAAUCUUCAAUGUUUUUUUAGGGUGAAAAAACCUUUACCUGUUGUUACAAGAACGUUCCCAGAACACAUUUUGUCUGUUCUUUAAAGGUUUCCCGAUUUGUUUCUUUAGGUUGUGGGAACAUUGUGGGCAUAUGACAAAACACUAAAACUGUCCAGUUGGGCUGACAUUCAGAUAAUGUUUGUAUCAGGGAGCACAGACCAUUCCUUUGAUGUUGCAAGAAUGUUGACAGAACAACCUUUCUGAGUUCUUUAAAGGUUCCCAGAACGUUUAAUUUUGGGAACAGUGUGGGUACAUUAAAAGAGAGAGGUUCCCAAAACACAAAAUAUGCUCAGUUGUGAUGGCAUUGAUACAAUGUUUAAAGAAAAAUUCCACCCCAAAAAUAUAUUUUGAUAUUUGUUUCAUUAGUCCAUUGUCGAUAUAGUCCCAAAAUGUUUUGCAUGUCAGCAAUCAAGUUUUCAAGACAUACAGUGAGGGAAAAAAGUAUUUGAUCCCCUGCUGAUUUUGUAUGUUUGUCCACUGACAAAGACAUGAUCAGUCUAUAAUUGUAAUGGUAGGUUUAUUUGAACAGUGAGAGAAAGAAUAACAACAAAAAAAUCCAGAAAAACACAUGUCAAAAAUGUUAUAAAUUGAUUUGCAUUUUAAUGAGGGAAAAUAAGUAUUUGACCCCUCUGCAAAACAUGACUUAGUACUUGGUGGCAAAACCCUUGUUGGCAAUCACAGAGGUCAGACGUUUCUUGUAGUUGGCCACCAGGUUUGCACACAUCUCAGGAGGGAUUUUGUUCCACUCCUCUUUGCAGAUCUUCUCCAAGUCAUUAAGGUUUCGAGGCUGACGUUUGGCAACUUGAACCUUCACCUCCCUCCACAAAUUUUCUAUGGGUUUAAGGUCUGGAGACUGGCUAGGCCACUCCAGGACCUUAAUGUGCUUCUUCUUGAGCCACUCCUUUGUUGCCUUGGCCUUGUGUUUUGGGUCAUUGUCAUGCUGGAAUACCCAUCCACGACCCAUUUUCAAUGCCCUGGCUGAGGGAAGGAGGUUCUCACCCAAGAUUUGACGGUACAUGGCCCCGUCCAUCGUCCCUUUUGAUGCAGUGAAGUUGUCCUGUCCCCAUAGCAGAAAAACACCCCCAAAGCAUAAUGUUUCCACCUCCAUGUUUGACGGUGGGGAUGGUGUUCUUGGGGUCAUAGGCAGCAUUCCUCCUCCUCCAAACACAGCGAGUUGAGUUGAUGCCAAAGAGCUCGAUUUUGGUAUCAUCUGACCACAGCACUUUCACCCAGUUCUCCUCUGAAUCAUUCAGAUGUUCAUUGGCAAACUUCAGACGGCCCUGUAUAUGUCCUUUCUUGAGCAGGGGGACCUUGCGGGCGCUGCAGGAUUUCAGUCCUUCACGACGUAGUGUGUCUCAGCUUUUCAUAGAUAGCUUUUAAUAGUUUGUAGCUCAAACCAUUCGAACUCUACAUACGUUUUUGUAAUUUAAAAAAAGACCUGGCUUGGCCCAUUCGGUAUCUGCCCUUGUCUCACAAAGACCGCUCUAGCAGCCCCCGUUAAUCACACAGACUAAUGGUUGGUCUCUACGGAUGCAGACGAAAUAGACAAAUCCAAUAGUAUAACCCAGAUGUCUGUAGUUUAAACUGUAGUACACGCGAUCGUCUGUAGUCUGUAUUACACAUAAUGUAUAAAAGGGGUUAGAAGUCCUAAAUCAUGCCGGCAUUACGGUGGGACUCAUUGGGUUAACCCUCUGCUCCACCAGGGAAUAGCUGUAUUGCGGGGUUCUUUCAGUCUAAUAUGGUCAAUCAGGACACAGAAUGCAAUUUCUGAGUUUAUUCAAAUGUUCCCAUCCUCUUCAUACGCUGUGUACUUGUAACACUGUAUUUUAUGAUUUUCUUUCUUCAUCACGUGUUGAAAGUCUUAUGAAAUGUGAUUUUAGUUGGAUUGAGCUUCCUUUAAAUAACUUUUAUUCUUGUGCAUUCAUAUGCUUAUCAAAUACAGGCUCCGAACCUUCAAACUAAAUUAGAAAACAAUUUGACCUUUUCUUAAUUUCAAUCUAAUCACAGAAAUGCAUGCAAUAGCCAUUCUGAAAUAUAUCAAAACAUAUUGAAGUUCAAUGCAACAAUCUUUUAUUGAUUUAAAGGUCCAAAGCAGCCUCCCGAGUGGCAAAGUGGUCUAAGGCACUGCAUCACAGUGCUUGAGGCGUCACUACAGACCCGGGUUCUAUCCCGGGCUGUGUCACAACUGGUCGUGACCGGGAGUCCCAUUGGGCGGCACACAAUUGUCCAAUGCAGGUGUUUUAAUCUCAAUAUCAAAUCAUUUCUGGGUAACAAUGAAGUACCUUACUGUUAUUGUUUUCAAUUAAAAUCAUGAAUAGCAAAAAAAGUGCAAUAGCAAAGAGAAAAAUGUUACAAGUACACAGCAUAUGAAGAGAAUGUGAAAAUGUUAAUAACUCAGAAAUUGUGUUCUGUGUCCUGAUUGAUCACAUUAGACUGAAAGAAACGUGUAAGGCCACAGCUAUCCACUGUUGGUGAAGAUGAUUAAUGAUCUGGUUGCAGAUCUGAAGAUUGCAGGUUCAAUCACACAUUCUUUAACCAUGUUCUUAAAAAAGUAAUAAAAAAAUUAACGUGAAAUUGAGGCUCAGCUAUACUCUACUAAAAGAGAGGAUGUCUUUAUUUGGUCCAGAUUUAUAAAUCCAGUCAGAAAUGCAAAAUUUUGACUAACUGUAAAAAAAAAAAAACGUGUGUAGAAAUGUACUGUUUAACUUUUUUUUAAACACACCCGAUAUAAUUGCUAAUUUGAGACGCUUGAUAUGGUCCCCCAUGUCUUAUUUUGCAUGGUCUGAAAAGCAAAAGUGAUCCUAAAUCAGCACCCAUAGUGUUGGAUACCUUGUAAAUAUAAUGCAAAUUAUAAAGAGGAUGGGUGAAGUGAUGGUGAAUAACCCAGUUACUAAUAUUUCCCUGGUUUAGUUAUGUCUAAGAAGGGAUAAUACCAAAUAUGCUAUGAACGUCAUUAAAACAGAGUUAUUUGGUAAUUGUGCAACAUUGUGGGAAUGUUCUGUGCAACCUUCGUGAAUAUCACAAUAAUAUUCUUGCAACAUCCCAGACAACUUCCAUAACAUAAUUAAAUGCACUGGGAACCUUUAAAGAACCUAGACCAGUUGUCAACAUUCCUAACUUUAAUGUUUAUGAAUGCUAUCACAACAGAGCACAUUUUGUGUUUGGGGAACCUAUCUCUUGUAAUUUACCCAGACUGUUCCCACAGCCUAAUUAAAUGUUCUGGGAACCUUUAAAGAACUCAGAAAGGCUGUUCUGUCAACAAUUUAUAUUUUAUACACACUGAUACAAACAUCAUGUGAAUGUCAGCACAAAUGGACCAUUUUAGUGUUAUGGGAACCUAUCUCUUGUCAUAUCCCCACAAUGUUUCCACAACCUGAUGAAAUGUUUUAUGAACUUUUAAAGAACAUAACAAAUGGGUUCUGGGAACGUUCUUUUAACACAAGGUGAAUGUUUUUUGCACCCUAAAAGAAAGAUUGUAUAAUCAUCUGCACAUUUGGACAGUUUUUUGAGUUUUGGGAACAUAUAUUUUGUGAUGUCCCCACAAUGUUCCCAACAGACUCUUCCCACAACCUAAAGAAACAUCUGGGAACUUUUAAAGAUCAGACAAAAUGUGUACUAGGAACGUUCUUGCAACAUCAGGAGAAUGUUUUAUACAAACAUUAUAUGAUCAUCAGCAUGACUGCACAGUUUUGUGUUAUGAGAACAUUUGCUGGGAACUUUCACAGAACAAAUUUAGGUUUGCUGGGAAAACAUUACUGGUACGUUGUUAUUACAUUACCUGGAAACCUAAUGAGAACAUUGGAGGAAUGUUCUGUGGUGGUUGUUACAGAUGUUGUGCACAACAUUUUAGUGAAUGUCAGGAGAACAUUGUAAAAAAUCUAUUUAAUUUUUUAAUCAAAAACAUUAUUUGAAUGUUUUGGGGAUGUUAUCAUCCUAAUGUUAGAUAAAACUUGAACUUAAUGGGAAUCUUAGCUAAUGUUCUGGGAAUGUUCCCGGUUUCCUGGGGAGUUAGCUCGAGAUUUCAAUUAUGGCUCGUGAGAGUACACAGACACUACUUACACUAAUUAAUUGUCUGUUGUGUGAACUGAACAUUAUUGAAUGAUAUUCGGCCUUUGAAAUCCUCAACUAGAGGUUUACAUAUUGUAACAUUAAAACUGCACAUACAGUGCUUUCAGAAAGUAUUCACAUUCCUUGACUUUUUCCAAAUGUUGUGUUAGACUGAAUUUAAAAUGGAUUAAAUUGAGAUUUUGUGUCACUGACCUACAUGCAAUACCCCAUAAUAUCAAAGUGGAAUUAUGUUUUUCAAAUUGUUUAUACAUUUAUUUAAAAUGAAAAGCUGAAUGUCUUGAGUCAAUAAGUAUUCAACCCCUUUGUUAUGGCAAGCCUAAAUAAGUUCUGGAGUAAAAAUGUGCUUAACAAAAGUCACAUAAGUUGCAUGGACUCACUCUAUGUGCAAUAAUAAUGUUUAACAGGAUUUUUGAAUGACUACCUCAUCUCUGUACCCCACACAUAAAAUGAUCUAUAAGGUCCCUCAGUCGAGCAGUGAAUUUCAAACACAGAUUCAACCACCAAGACCAGGGAGGUUUUUCAAUGCCUCGCAAAGAAGGACACCUAUUGGUAGAUGGGUAAAAAAAAAAAAGCAGACAUUGAAUAUCCCUUUGAGCAUGGUGAAGUUAUUAAUUACACUUUGGAUGGUGUAUCAAUACACCCAGUCACUACAAAGAUACAGGCGUCCUUCCUAACCCAGUUGCCGGACAGGAAGGAAACCGCUCAAUAUUGACUUUAAAACAGUUACGGAGUUUAAUGGCUGUGAUGGGAGAAAAGUGAGGAUGGAGCUAAGCACAGUCAAAAUCCUAGAGGAAAACCUGGUUCAGUCUGCUUUCCACCAGACACUGGGAGAUGAAUUCACCUUUCAGCAGGACAAUAACAUAAAACACAAGGCCAAAUCUACACUGAAGUUACUUACCAAGAUGACAGUGAAUGUUCCUGAGUGGCCAAGUCACAGUUUUGAUUACAGCUGUAAUUGCUGGCAAAGGUGGUUCUACAAAGUAUUGACUCAGGGGUGAUGAGAUAUUUCUGUAUUUAGUUUUCGAUAAAUUUGCAAACAUUUCUAAAAACAUGUUUUCACUUUGUCAUUAUGGGGUAUUGUUUGUAAAUGGGUGAAAAACAAAAAUAGUAAUAUAUUUUUAAUUCAGGCUGUAACACAAAACAUUUAGGAAAAGUCAAGGGGUAUGAAUACUUUCUGAAGGCACUGUAUUGUCAUAACUUAUGUCUCUCUUCGCCAGCCCAAACAGCUGUUCUGGAAUGGCGACUGCACCAAGCGCUGCCAGUGCAUCGGCCGCAACCUCAUCCAGUGCGACCCGCGCCGCUGCAAGGCCGAGGAGGAGUGCGCCCUGCACCACGGCGUGCGCGGCUGCUUUGCCCGGCGCUCGCAGCACUGCGUGGCAUCUGGCGGCGGCGUCUUCAGGACCUUUGACGGGGCGUCCCUGCGUCUGCCUGCCUCCUGCUCCUUCGUACUGUCCACCAACUGCCACAAGCUACCCGACCUCUCCUUCCAGCUCAUCGCCAACUUCGACAAGUGGAGCACGCCCAACCUCACCACCAUCUCCCACGCAUACCUCUAUAUCAACGAGGAGAAUAUACUGAUCUCCGGGAGCACCGUGAAGGUGAGGGGAAAAGAGGGAUGGAUGAUUAAUAGAUUAAUUAAUAAAUGGAUGGAUGAGUAAAAAAAAUUGCAUCACUUUAUCAUCUGUUUAUUAUGAAAAGAAUGCAUGUGAAAUGUGUGUAUUUGUAUUAGUUUGGAUGGUGAGUCGUACAUAGUUAUUUGUGUAUGUGUACUUUAAAAGUCUGACCACGUCAGUGUGCAUGAAUCUCACAGCUCUCUCCUCCUCCUCCUAUCCAGGUGAACGGCACGCCCGUGUCGGUACCAUUCGUCACAGGUUUAAUGACGCGCGUCUCCACGUCGGAGGGCUUCCUGGUCAUCGACACGCCACAGGACAUCCAGGUGCGCUACAACCGCUUCAACACGCUCAGUAUCACCAUGGGCCAGCGGCUGCAAAACAAGGUUUGUUGAUUUCCUUAUGAUUGUAGAGCAUUAUAUAAGCGUUACAGUAUGUAAUGCAUUAUAUGGUUAUUGUAAAGUGUCUUUGGGUUUUAGAAAAUAACUAUGAGAGCUAUAAAAUACAUAAGUAUUAUUAUUAAGGUGUGUGGCCUUUGCGGCAACUUCAACGGAGACCCCACUGACGACUAUAUCACCUCCCGCGGGAAGCCGGCCGUCAGCGCCCUGGAGCUGGCCCAGAGCUGGAAGACCAAUGGCAUGCAGAAUAGGUGAGUGGGAGAGGAGGGAUGGAAAGGGGUGACAUGGGAGAGAUAGACAAUUAGUCUGUUUUUUGUUCUGUUUUUUUUUUAGCUUAAAACAAUUGGUUUGCUGGUUAUUUGGCAGUCCAGAAUCUCCUAGGAUUUCUGGAGAAUGUAGUGGUGCUAAUUAAAACAGAUUGGUGCAUUCAAAAGCAUGGAUGGAUCUCCCCAACUCAACCUCUACCUCCCAUCUCUUCUCUCUCCCUCCCCCAGCUGUGACGAGACCCAGUACGUGGCGCUGGCCCAGUCGUGCGAGAACACGGCCGUGCUGGGCCUCCAGGGCGAGGAGGGGUGCCAGAAGCUCACCCAGAUGAAGGGCUUCUUCCAGCCCUGCCACGGCCUGCUGGACCCCAGGCCCUUCUACCAGUCCUGCUACCUGGACGGCUGCUACAACCACCGCAAGGCCCAGGUGUGCGGCUCACUGGCUGCCUACGCCGAGGCCUGCCGCUCCCUGGGCACGCUCACCACAAAAUGGAUCGCCCAGGAGAACUGCUGUAAGGGCACGGGAUGGGGACGGUUAUGGGGGCAUGGCGCCACUGGCAGGAAAUAAUGGCUUUCUGGAGUGGGGUUACAAAGGGAGGCACGAGGGUGAAUAGGUACCAAUUUGUGCAGUUUGAUAAAUAAUAUUUAGAACAUACUAAGAAACUCAAAUUCAAAUGUGAACCUCGAAGACAGUUCCAUUGCUUUCUUACAUGUUUUCCCUCUAAGAGUUCUGCAGGAGUAAGUCCUUGGACCAUUAUUGUUCCUACUAUAUUGUACAUGCUACCAAUGUGCGAUGUAAUACAGAAACACAUUGUGCAAUGGCUUUCAUUGUUUCAAACUUCAGCUACAGUGCCUUCAGAAAGUAUUCAAACCCCUUGACUUAUUCCACAUUUUGUUGUGUUACAGCCUGAAUUCAAAAUGGAUUAAAUAUAUUUUUUUCUCAACCACCUACACACAAUACCCCAUCAUGACAAAGUGAAAACAUGUUUUUAGAAAUGUUUGAAAAUGUAUUGAAAAUUAAAUAUAGAAGUAUCUCAUUUACAUACACUACCGUUCAAAAGUUUGGGGUCACUUAGAAAUGUCCUUGUUUGCGAAAGAAAAGCAUUUUUUUUGUCCAUUAAAAUACAUCAAAUUGAUCAGAAAAACAGUGUAGACAUUGUUAAUGUUGUAAAUGGCUAUUGUAGCUGGAAACGUCUGAUUUUUAAUGGAAUAUCUACAUAGGCGUCAAGAGGCCCAUUAUCAGCAACCAUCAGUCCUGUGUUCCAAUGGGACGUUGUGUUUGCUAAUCCAAAUUUAUAAUUUUAAAAGGCUAAUUGAUCAUUAGAAAACCAUUUUGCAAUUAUGCUAGCACAGCUGAAAAAUGUUGUGCUGAUUAAAGAAGCAAUAAAACUGGCCUUCUUGAGACUAGUUGAGUAUCUGGAGCAUCAGCAAUUGUGGGUUCGAUUACAGGCUCAAAAUGGCCAGAAACAAAGAACUUUCUUCUGAAACUCGUCAGUCUAUUCUUGUUCUGAGAAAUGAAGGCUAUUCCAUGCAAGAAAUUGCCAAGAAACUGAAGAUCUCGUACAACGCUGUGUACUACUCCCGUCACAGAACAGCGCAAAAUGGCUCUAACCAGAAUAGAAAGAGGAGUGGGAGGCCCGGUGCACAACUGAGCAAGAGGACAAAUACAUUAGAGUGUCUAGUUUGAGAAACAGACGCCUCACAGGUCCUUAACUGGGAGCUUCAUUAAAUAGUACCCGCAAAACACCAGUCUCAACGUCAACAGGGAAGAGGCGACUCCGGGAUGCUGACCUUCUAGCCAGAGUUGCAAAGAAAAUGCCAUAUCUCAGACUGCCCAUUGUCACGAUCGUCAAAAGGAGGAGACCAAAGCGCAGCGUGUUGAGCGAACAUCGUAGACUUUAUUAUAAAGAAACCACGAUCAAAACAACAAACCAAAUAUGACGAAAGUGAAGUUCAAUACUGAUAAUGACUAACAGCAACAAGGAAACAAAAACCCACAAAACCAAGGUGAAACCACACAGUAUAAAUAUGGCUCCCAAUCAGAGAUAACGAGCCGACAGCUGACACUCGUUACCUCCGAUUGGGAGUCAUAUGACUAAAUCAACAUCAAAACCAAACAUAGAAAUGAAACAACUAGAUCCCACAUAGAACUACACCCAAACGAAAAUGACAACCCUGGCUCACUACUAAGAGUCCCGGAGCCAGAACGUCACACCCAUCUUUUAUUUUUAUUGGCCAGUCUGAGAUAUGGCUUUUUCUUUACAAUUCUGCCUAGAAGGUCAGCAUCCCGGAGUUGCCUCUUCCCUGAGGCUGUUGAUUGUGGCCUGUGGAAUGUUGUCCCUCUCCUCUUCAAUGGAACUGGAACACGCUGUUGUACACAUCGAUCCAAAGCAUUCAAAACAUGCUCAAUGGAUGACAUGUCUGGUGAGUAUGCAGGCCAAGGAUGAACUGGGACAUUUUCAGCUUCCAGGAAUUGUGUACAGAUCCUUGCGACAUGGGGCCGUGCACUAUCAUGCUGAAACAUGAGGUGAUGGCAGCGGAUGAAUGGCAUGACAAUGGGCCUCAGGAUCUCGUCACGGUAUCUCUGUGCAUUCAAAAUGCCAUCGAUAAAAUGCAAUUGUGUUUAUUGUCCGUAGCUAAUGGCUGCCCGUACCAUAACCCCACCGCCACCAUGCACUCUGUUCUCAACAUUGGCAUCAGCAAACCGCUCGCACACACAACACCAUACAAGUGGUCUGCGGUUGUGAGGCUGCAGGUGGACUCAAUCAAGUUGUAGUGACAAGGAUGAUUCAAGGAAAUUGGAUGCACCUGAGCUCAAUUUGGAGUGUCAUAGCCAAGGGUUGUUAAUACUUAUGUAAAUGAGAUAUUUCUGUAUUUCAUUUUCAAUACAUUUGCAAAAAUGAAUAAAAAUAUGCGUUACUUUGUCAUUAUGGGGGUAUUGUGUAAUCAAUUUUGAAUUCAGGCUGUAACACAACAAAAUGUGGAAUAAGUCAAGGGGUAUGAAUACUGAAGGCACUUUAUAUACGGGUAACUUGAACUUUGAGCAUGCAUUAAUGUCUGUGGGGGGUUUGCAGGGAAAUUUGAGGUACAUUUAUAAAACAUAGCAUUAGGCUCUUCAAGAAUGACAGUCGUUCAGUUGGGUGGUUGUGGUGUGACAGCUAACAUUGUGCCUGGAUCUAUCUUUAGCAGAAUGGAUCUACGACCCCUGCGCAGGAGAGAUCUGCACCAACAACACGUGUGAGCAGGAAAACGGGGGAGACCUGUGUGGCUGCCCCGAGCUGCCCAACAACGCUGGGGGUGAGUGUGAUGGGGGAGUGUGGGGGAGGGGAGUCAGGGAAGGGGGAUGAGCGAGGGGGUGGUGGUAAUCAUUAGGCUAUACAAGAUAAAUGUUUAUUUUAUCUCUAUGUAGACAUGUUUAUUUUUUAUCUCAAUAAUUUAUUUAUCCAGCUCAGUCUCAUUUUGAUCAAAUCUCUUACAAGAAAUACAUGGGUCGUGUUCAUUAGGCACGGAAAGGGAGUACUGUUUGGUAUUUGGUCUUUUAUUAGGAUCUCUAUUAGCUGUUGCAAAGGCAGCAGCUAAUCUUCCUGGGGUCCACACAAAACAUGAAACAUGGCAUAAUACAGAACAUUUAUAGAGAAGAACAGCUCAAGGACAGAACUACUUCAAGUAUGAACACGACCCAAGCCCAAAUCUAGCAACUGUAUACAAGGUAGCUACCGUAGUCUUACGAUUCUCAACCCCUGUGUUUUCCCACUAGAUGAGGAUGACAUCAUACAGGCAGAGGUGACAUGUAAGCACGCCCAGAUGGAGGUGUCCAUCUCCAAGUGUAAGCUCUUCCAGCUGGGCUUUGAGCGUGAGGACGUGAGGAUCAACGACCAGCACUGCCCCGGCAUUGAGGGAGAGGACUUCAUCUCCUUUCACAUCAACAACACUAAGGGUCAUUGCGGCUCCAUCGUACAGGUAAUUAACCACAGAUCUAGGAUCGGUAGAUAAUUCUUCAAAUCUGACCUUAAUCAUUAGGGGUGUGAUAAUAUUAUCUGACCCUAUAUCAGUGAUCUCCUUCUACAUAAACAACACCAAGGGCCACGUGGCUGUAUCGCAAAGGUUGCCACAGAUCUACAGUCAAAUUAUUCUACCUUUAAACAAAACUGUAAUCAUUAGGGGGAUGGAAAAAUAUCUGAUCCUGGACCAGUGGUUAGAGUGCUACUUCCAACUACUGGUGGCGAACACAUGCCUUAGGCUUGUGACUCAUCCCCAAGGGGUAAUAGGACUCAAUUGUAUUGGUGAGAAACACUGCUAUAGUCUGUAUAGCAAAUAGGGUAGACCUGUCAUCUCCUAUCCCAAGGGCCAGUAGGGCUCCAUGUUACUGAUGAAAUCUCUUCCCCGACCAAUAGGCAUACUAUACUUACUGUAAUGACGUUUAUUGUCUGGCAUUUGUAGCUUCAAAAUAUCUGCCUUUUUUUUGUUCCAGUCCAACAGCACACACAUCAUGUACAAGAAUACAGUGUGGAUUGAAAGCGUGAACAACACUGGCAACAUCAUCACCAGGGACAAGACAAUCAACGUGGAGUUUUCCUGCGCCUACGAGCUAGACCUCAAAAUAUCCCUGGAGACCGUGCUCAAGCCCAUGCUCAGGUUAGAGGACCUACUUUUUCUCAACAGUAGUGUUGCAAAAUUCCAGUAACUUUCCCGAAAUUCCCAGGUUUUCCAGAAAUCCCAAUUGUAAGAUUCCCAGAAUCAGAAGGGAAAUCUAAGAAGGAAAUCUUGAAUCCUCAAAUCAUGAUUUCCUGAAAACUUGGUAAUUUUGGGAGAGUUAGCAAAAUGUUGUAAUCCUACAGGAAACAUAGUUUUAUAUCUAUACAUUUAUGUGAAUGGUAGAGAUGUGCCAUGUCUUAAAGGUCCAAUGCAGCUUCUAAAUAUCAAAUCAUUUCUGGAUAACAAUUGUGAUUGUUUUCAAUUAAAAUUGUAAAAAAUUAACAAAAAUAGCUUCUUGGCAAAGAACAAUUUCUCAAGCAAGACUUUUACUAUGACUGUCAGGGAGUGGUCUGAGUGGGGAGGGGAAAACUGAAAACUAGCUGUUAUUGGUAGAGAGGUUUGGAACUCUCUUUCUUAUUGGUCUAUUAACUAAUUUACCACAUGGUGAUGUCACCAGGCAGGCCAAAAGUCCAUCCUACCAAAACAGGCAGAAAUUUCAGGCUAUAUUUUCAAACAGCCCUUACACUAAAAGAGCAUUAUCAUCAUUUUCACAAUUUCCCACUAUUAUUCCAAACUCAUAGUGUGGAAAUGUGUAUAUAAUACACUGGAAAAUCACGUUUUUGACUGCGCUGGGCCUUUAAAGGACAAGUUCACUUUUUUAAAACCAAAUCCAUGUUUUGGAUGUAAACAGCAUGUUAAAGAAGUGUCCAGACAGUUUUUUUUUGCGAUUUCACUUGGUUUUUAGAAACGUACCUCACCAGUGAUAGACUUUCUCAUGCUCGUUGUAUGUUAAUGUUCUACACAUUACAUUUUGUCAUUACGACUUUAUCCGCAACGUUAUACCAUUUAGUUGGCCUCAUGCGCACACGGAAAAGGACUGCUCCACACAAGACCAAUGUUUUCCAUCGCCUGACUCCUUAUAGAGAGUUUAUUCACUGAUAUCCCUCACCUUCUCUCUCCCUCCUUCCCUCUCUCCAUCUCUCUCCCCCCUUCCUAUGUCUCUCCCUCUCUCGCCCUAAUCCCUUUCUCCAGUGUGAUCAACCUCACCCUCCCCACCCAGGAGGGCAACUUCAUCACUAAGAUGGCGCUGUACAAGAACUCGUCGUACCACCAGCCAUACCGCGAGGGCGAGGUGGUGCUGAGCACGCGGGACAUCCUCUUCGUGGGGGUGUUUGUGGAGGGGGCCGACGAGAACCAGCUCAUCCUCAUUGUCAAUAUGUGCUGGGCCACGCCGUCCCGCUACAGCAGCGACCGGCUCCGCUACAUCAUCAUAGAGAGAGGGUAGGCUCAAAAUAACAUAGGAAAUGUCUGCAGCCAAAAUAGCACCCUUUCCACUACACAAAUGACAGACAGACAAACAGACGGACAGACGGAACAGACAAUAUGUUGUACUGUAGGACAACAAAGGACCACACUAACUUCUCUUUCUCUAUCUAUGAAGUUGUCCCAACAUCAAGGACAACACCAUCGGCAUGGCUGAGAACGGGGUGUCCCUCACCUGCCGCUUCCACGUCACCGUCUUCAAGUUCAUCGGGGACUACGACGAGGUCCACCUCCACUGUGACGUGUCGCUGUGUGACCACGAGAUCAAUGCCUGCAAAGUGGUGAGGAGACCCUGAACACUGCACACUGAACAUGGUGAUGAUCACUGAAUUACAUCCAGAACCAGUUUAAUCUUUGUCCAGGAAACCAGCCCAAAGUUUUUAUAAGCAGCAAAUGAUAACAAAUCUAACGUUGUGAAGCAUGCUUAAAUGGCUAUGUUAUGCCACCUUAAUACAGGUGUGUGUGUGUGUGUGUGUGUGUGUAGAACUGUCCUCACAACAGGAGGAUGUACUCAGACUACAGCGAUCAUAAGGAGCAGAUCCUCACUGUAGGACCCAUCAGAAGGAGAGGUACAGAUCAGUGUUGCCCUAGUGUGUGUGUGUGUGUGUGUGUGUGUGUGUGUGUGUGUGUGUGUGUGUGUGUGCACGUACAGUGGGGAAAAAAAGUAUUUAGUCAGCCACCAAUUGUGCAAGUUCUCCCACUUAAAAAGAUGAGAGGCCUGUAAUUUUCAUCAUAGGUACACGUCAACUAUGACAGACAAAUUGAGAAAAGAAAAUCCAGAAAAUCACAUUGUAGGAUUUUUUAUGAAUUUAUUUGCAAAUUAUGGUGGAAAAUAAGUAUUUGGUCACCCACAAACAAGCAAGAUUUCUGGCUCUCACAGACCUGUAACUUCUUCUUUAAGAGGCUCCUCUGUCCUCCACUCGUUACCUGUAUUAAUGGCACCUGUUUGAACUUGUUAUCAGUAUAAAAGACACUUGUCCACAACCUCAAACAGUCACACUCCAAACUCCACUAUGGCCAAGACCAAAGAGCUGUCAAAGGACACCAGAAACACAAUUGUAGACCUGCACCAGGCUGGGAAGACUGAAUCUGCAAUAGGUAAGCAGCUUGGUUUGAAGAAAUCAACUGUGGGAGCAAUUAUUAGGAAAUGGAAGACAUACAAGACCACUGAUAAUCUCCCUCGAUCUGGGGCUCCACGCAAGAUCUCACCCCGUGGGGUCAAAAUGAUCACAAGAACGGUGAGCAAAAAUCCCAGAACCACACGGGGGGACCUAGUGAAUGACCUGCAGAGAGCUGGGACCAAAGUAACAAAGCCUACCAUCAGUAACACACUACGCCGCCAGAGACUCAAAUCCUGCAGUGCCAGACGUGUCCCCCUGCUUAAGCCAGUACAUGUCCAGGCCCAUCUGAAGUUUGCUAGAGUGCAUUUGGAUGAUCCAGAAGAGGAUUGGGAGAAUGUCAUAUGGUCAGAUGAAACCAAAAUAGAACUUUUUGGUAAAAACUCAACUCGUCGUGUUUGGAGGACAAAGAAUGCUGAGUUGCAUCCAAAGAACACCAUACCUACUGUGAAGCAUGGGUGUGGAAACAUCAUUCUUUGGGGCUGUUUUUCUGCAAAGGGACCAGGACGACUGAUCCGUGUAAAGGAAAGAAUGAAUGGGGCCAUGUAUCGUGAGAUUUUGAGUGAAAACCUCCUUCCAUCAGCAAGGGCAUUGAAGAUGAAACGUGGCUGGGUCUUUCAGCAUGACAAUGAUCCCAAACACACCGCCCGGGCAACGAAGGAGUGGCUUCGUAAGAAGCAUUUCAAGGUCCUGGAGUGGCCUAGCCAGUCUCCAGAUCUCAACCCCAUAGAAAAUCUUUGGAGGGAGUUGAAAGUCCGUGUUGCCCAGCGACAGCCCCAAAACAUCACUGCUCUAGAGGAGAUCUGCAUGGAGGAAUGGGCCAAAAUACCAGCAACAGUGUGUGAAAACCUUGUGAAGACUUACAGAAAACGUUUGACCUGUGUCAUUGCCAACAAAGGGUAUAUAACAAAGUAUUGAGAAACUUUUGUUAUUGACCAAAUACUUAUUUUCCACCAUCAUUUGCAAAUAAAUUCAUUAAAAAUCCUACAAUGUGAUUUUCUGGAUUUUUUUUCCUCAUUUUGUCUGUCAUAGUUGACGUGUACCUAUGAUGAAAAUUACAGGCCUCUCUCAUCUUUUUAAGUGGGAGAACUUGCACAAUUGGUGGCUGACUAAAUACUUUUUUUCCCCACUGUAUGUAUGUGUGUAUGUGAUACAGACAUGUCGCCUUAGUGUAUGCAUUCUUGUGUGUGUGCAUGUGUGUAUUGUCUGUGUCUGUUGUCCGAGUGCUACAUCUGCAUGCAGUACGUGUGAGUUUAUGUAAAUACCAGUAUUUGUGCGAUUAUGUAAAUACCAGUACGUGUGAGUUUAUGUAAAUACCAGUAUGUGUGAGUUUAUGUAAAUACCAGUAUUUGUGAGUUUAUGUAAAUACCAGUAUGUGUGAGUUUAUGUAAAUACCAGUAUGUGUGAGUUUAUGUAAAUACCAGUAUGUGUGAGUUUAUGUAAAUACCAGGAUGUGUGAGUUUAUGUAAAUACCAGUAUGUGUGAGUUUAUGUAAAUACCAGGAUGUGUGAGUUUAUGUAAAUACCAGGAUGUGUGAGUUUAUGUAAAUACCAGUAUGUGUGAGUUUAUGUAAAUACCAGGAUGUGUGAGUUUAUGUAAAUACCAGUAUGUGUGAGUUUAUGUAAAUACCAGUAUGUGUGAGUUUAUGUAAAUACCAGGAUGUGUGAGUUUAUGUAAAUACCAGUAUGUGUGUGAUUCACCAUUUUGUGUGUAUAUUAGAGUCGGACUGGUGUGAGGUGGGGAACGGAGGCUGUGAGCAGAUCUGCACCAGUAAAGGGAUGGGAACUGUGUGUAGCUGUGUGACUGGGAUGCUGCAGAGGGACGGCAAGAGCUGUAGAGGUAAACACACAUCAUCCUCUCACAUAUACAUUGCUAUAUGGUUCAUUCUACGAAUAGAGUGCCUUUUAAGUAGUGUAAUUUUGUGGGGGAAAAAAUUAAUAAUAUUUCACAUAAAGAGCACAUGUUCAACUUCAUAACAAUGUUUUCCCAUCUCAACAGUGUGACUUGGGUUGCAACAUUCCGGUAACUUUCCCAAAAUUCCCAGGUUUGCCAGAAAUCCCAGUUGUAAGAUUCCCUGAAUCAUUUACAUUUUACAUUUUAGUCAUUUAGCAGACGCUCUUAUCCAGAGAGACUUACAGUUAGUAAUCAGAAGGGAAUAAGCAGAAAAUCUGGAAUCCUCAAAUCUGGAUUUCUGCAUAACCUGGGAAUUGUGCAAACAAAAAUGCACAUACACUCUACAAGGGUUGGGGUCAAUUCCAUUUCAGUGGACUGAAUUGAAAUGAAAUUGAUCGCACGCACUGUACUGUGGGCACAUACUCUGUCUUCAUUUUGAAAGUACUGUACUUGCAAGUAAGUGACAUGUAGAGUGAGACGAGCACAAACCGUGAGCAUUUGACUUCCUAAUUUCACCUCAGUGCUCCACUUUUGUGAAACCCUAAACCGUCAUGACGCACACGUACAGUCUUCAUGUGGCCCAUCUCACAGUUUACAACUCACUGAACCCUAGCUGCAAGGCAAGUAGGGGACAGUAUUAUCUCCUAACUAUAGCGUAGAGGUGCACUGUUAAAAAGACAACAAGGUCACGACUUGGAGGAGAAUUCACAUUCUGAUCAGAGACGCAUUCGAAAGUUCAAUAUAACAAUAUUUUACUUUUUUCAUUGGUAUUAACUUGGUAUUUACUAGGAAAUUAUGUGGUAUCAAAGGGUACUUUCUGGUACUUAUUCAACACAAUUAGAAACUACUUGUUACCUAAUGAUACCCAGUUGUGCUUGUUUUAAUCAAUCCUCAAGAAACAAGCACGUAAAUCAUUAAACUGUGUUAUUACCACGUUAUGUCGACUUUUUAAGUAAUACCUGGUCAUUUCGGUACCGUAAAGUGCUAACGAAAUAUUAUGUUUACAUCCAAAAGCACUGGCGUUCUCUUCUUUGUCAUCUGACCAGGGGUGAAAGUAGAUUGAAUUUCUGCCCAGUACAGGACCUCCUAUGUGUGCACGUGCUUAAUCAUAGAAUUACAUAUAAAAUCCCUAUUAAUUCAAUAGGAUCUCUGUGGGCCUAGUCAUAAAGAUUUGUCAUGUAACUUUUUUAAUGUAUGACCUACUAUUGUGGCAUAAACACAACCAGUCAUGAUGUUCUCAUCUGAUUGUCAGUCACUUCAAAGGGCUCCUUUAGUAGGCUACCCAUGCACGUUCAUCCACUAGCAACAUAUUUCCAGCCUCCAAACAGUGGUGAAUGGAAAGAGACAUCUGUUACUCAAAACACCACAAAGUGUAAUGACAUUUUGGCGAUUGUCAUUAGGCCAGAAUUUAUGCAUCCACUGCUGUCCGUGUGCGUCUCGGUGUCGGCCAUUAAUCUCUGCCUUGGCAAAAUUUCAGUGUUCUCAUCUAACCACAUCGCAUAUUGGCGCGUAGGCUAUACCACCCGUUUUCAAGUCCAUUCACUCAUUUUUCAUGCCUCUGACAUGCGGUAGCCUAAUGAUAAAUAAAGUAGCCUCCAGUUUUCUUCACAUUUUGUUUUAAUUAUUGUGAUAGGCUCAUGUUUUACCGGUACGGCGUACCCCCACUAUUUAUUUUACCAGGACGCCGUACCGGACCGAACCGCCUUACUUUCACCCCUGACUCUUUAUUCUGUUCUAUUCAUAAGACAUUCUUCUUCAUUUCUUUUUAUUCCCUCCAUCCAGCUGUCAGCUCCAGCGUUGACCUACGACCCCUCGUUCUCCCUCUGGCCCUUAGCACCGUGGUCUCCGUGCUCCUUGCUCACUCACACACUUCUCUCUUCUCCUAACACUGGGUGGACAGUUAGAGAGAGAGGAGGGAGAGAGAGACAGAUAAAAAGAGAAGAGGAGAGCAGUAUAACACGAAAUCACAGCAAACUAGAGAGCAGACAGCUACACUUCCUGCUCACU